AUGGCACCACCGCUGAUCCUCUACGCAAUCCCACCCCGCGAGGGCCAUAUGCGCCCCGCCCUCCAGAUAAGCGCGCACCUCAUCGCCCGCGGACUAGAUGUGACCAUGCUGGGCGACGACAAAUGGUCCCCCGCCAUAACCGCCAUCGGCGCCCACCCUUCACACAUCAUCGGCCUCUGGGAUGCCAUGGGGGACUACGCCAAGUGGGGAGACAUCAUAGCCGCCAAGACGCCCGAGGAGCGCCUGCGCAUCUCGCUGUCUGACGGCUUCGUGCGGCUGCUACCGAGCGCGCUGGAGUCGAUACGGAUCGCGCUGGCGAACAUCCGGACGCGGCUGGGGGGCGGAGAUGCUCUGAGGGGGAGGACGGUGGUGGUUUUGUCGGACACGUGUCUCUCAGGGACGCUGCCUCUGAAGCUGGGUGCGGACCUACCACAAGGCUAUGAAGGCGUCACUAUCAAGACCGUGGGCAUUGGCCUGGUUCCGCGGUUCUGGGCGGCGCCUGAGAGGCCGCCAUGGGGCAGCGGGAUGCCAUACGAUGUGUCAAAGGAAGGGAUCGCGCGGACUUUGAAGGCGCACGCGAGCAAAUGGGACGAGAUCGCCGAGGAAAGGGCGAGGUGGGUGCUCGGGGCGAUGAACUGCAGUAAGUCGGUGGAUGAGCUGUACGGAGAGUACGACAAAAGCCAGAUGGGGUUUAAACGUCCAUUCUGGGAUGCGUCGACGGUCUGUCACGACGUGGUUUUCCAGAUGGGCCUGCCGAGCUUCGAGUUUCCUGUGCCAAAUGAGCCUGCACAUCUGAGAUUUGCUGGGUCUCUGCCGCCCAAACCCAUCCCUUUGGAUUUGCAGUACCCGGACUGGUACCCUGAAGUAUUGGAGAACAGCUCAAGCUCAGGUGAUAGGCCGGGACGGAAGAGGAUUGUGUUUGUGGCACAGGGCACGGAAGUAUUGGAUCACAGGGAUCUGCUGGUACCGUGUUUGAAGGGGCUCGCAGGGCGGGAGGACGUACUUGUGAUCGCAGUGCUUUGUCAGAAGGGAGCAACACUCGACAAGCAUCUGAGUCUCUUCGAGGGUGGAGUUUUGCCUUCGAACGCCCGGGUCAUCGACUACUUCCCUUACGAUGCGAUCCUCCCGCACGCAGACGUCUUCGCCUCGAAUUCUGGGUAUGGAGGGUUGACCCAUGCCGUUGCCCAGGCCGUACCUGUAGUACAGGCGGGAGAUGUUUUUGACAAACCUGAUAUCGGCCGAAGAGUUGAAUACUCGGGCCUUGGUGUCUUUCUUCCAAAGUCACCACCGACAUCCGAAGCCGUCGCGGCGGCUGUGGAUGGAGUCCUGGCGCAGGACAAGUACAAGAUAAGGGCGUUGAGCUUGCAAGCCGAAGCUCGGGAAUAUAACCCUCUUCAAAUCAUCGAAGACGGAAUUAGGGCCCUAUCUUGA